AAUAAUAAUUGAAAACCAAACCGGAAACUAGACAAUCUGCCGUGCCGGUCGGCGUUGAUUUCUCCAUAUUAUCCUUUUCUUCUUUUCCUUCAAAUCCAUUUAGUUUUCCCGUACUUCGUUUCUUUCGAGUUAGAGCGCUGAGCCGCGAUCGAUUUGCAGGUUGAGCUUCGCGACUAUCAUCAUCAUCCAUAAGUUACUUUAAACAAAGUGAAUUGUAAAUUCGAUUGCUAUGGGUGGCCAUGGAGGACUCAACAUUCUUCCGCAAAAGCGGUGGAACGUAUACAACUACGAAAACAGAGAGAAAGUUCGGCGAGAUGAGGAAGAAGCCGCAAAAGAAGAGCAGUUAAAGCGUGAGCAAGCCAGGAAGCGGGAUGCUGAGUUUCGUCUAGAGCGUCUUCGGGCUGCCCGUGGCUUGGCUCCAUUAACCCAACAUCCGGAUGCUGAUAAGCAGUCGGCCGAAUCGGAGAUUAAGACAGGUCAUAUUAAUCUUUUUGAAGGGAGUAAGAUUUUUGACCCAAUUAAAAGAGUAGAGAAUGGAAGACAGGGCGAAAGAGAUGAAAAUAAGAGGAAAAAGAUGAAGAAGGAUGAGCAAAAAAAUUGCCCUAGGGUUAUAAACCCAGAGGACGAGAAGUAUAGAUUGGGAUAUGGAAUUGCGGGAAAGGGAGUUAAGUUGCCAUGGUACCUUGAAAAGCGCAGAGAUGAUAUUGAUAAUGGGAGUGGAGAUGAUGGGUUGAUGACAAGUGCGAAGGAGGAUGGUAAGGAGAAGAAGAGUGGGAAGAAAACACUGGCAGAACUGAGGGAAGAACGGUUGAAAAGGGAGAAGAGGGAGAAGGAAAGACAAAGAGCAUUGAUAGCUGAGAAGAGCCGAAGAGAUGGUGGUUUUUCUAGGAGGUGAAUUUCAGUCAAUUAACAAUUCGAUCUGCUUUUAUGAUGUAUAUUUCCUUCAUAUAGAUUUGUUAAUACAGUUAUAAUGCGUUUGAACCUUUUAUAUAUUUCAAGGGAAAAUUAAGAGUAAAGCAUCUGAUCUUCAAA